CCGUCGCCCCCGCGGACGUCUCGGAGGCGGAAGCGACGCCGGAGGCAGGUGAAGAACCAAAAAAAAAAGGAAGUCAAGAGGUCUUCCCCAAGAUCAAAGAUCAAGGACAUGGCCUCCUCAGGAGUCUACAAACUGGAUGAUGGGAAGCCUUAUCUGAGCAACUGCUUUCCGGCCAAAAAUCUGCUUCGGAUGCCAGAGGAAGGCCGAGGACACUGGUUAGUGGCUCGGAAAUGUAGCCUCAAGAAGAAGCCCAGGGGUGUGGUUGAAGCACGAGCUGAAGGUCAGGAAAGCCAGAAGGUUUCUUUUGAGGUUGGAGGAAAGAAAGGGUCUCGACAGGAAAACCAAGUGGACACUCCGGGACACGUGCUGGACCAGGCUUUUCUGCUGAAGCACCACUGUGUAAAGAAUCCGUCCGACCUAUGCACCAUUAACGUGAGCGGCCUGAAGUUCUCCAAGGCUAAGGAAAAGGACUUCAAGCAUUUUAAUUCUGUGAUUUACAUCAAUGCCUCAGAAAACCUACUGCCUCUAGAGGCAUUUCACACAUUUCCAGUCUUAAAGGAACUGGAGCUCGCAUUUAAUGGCAUCAAAACAGUCUACGUGAAGGAUGGAGACUUUAAGUCCUUGGAAUUCCUGGACCUUUCCUUCAACAACCUCACUGCGGAGGCCAUCUGUGAUCUGGGGCUUCUGCCACACCUCCGUGUCCUGCUCCUCACAGGCAAUGGGCUCACCUCCCUGCCACCCAAUUUGGCUGUCGCAGAGCGGGAGGCAUAUGUAACAUCGCUGACCAGCAGGAGGUACAUCCUGAGGUUCCCGGCGCUAGAGACACUGAUGCUGGAUGACAACAAACUCUCCAACCCCAAUUGCUUUGCCAGCCUGGCCGGGCUCAGGAGACUGAAGAAGUUAAGCCUGGACCAAAACAAGAUUUUCCGGAUCCCGUACCUACAGCAGGUUCAGCUUCGAGAUGGGUCUGGAGACUGGGUUGGAGGCAGGGGGAGUCCCAGGAAAGAGCCCCAAUCUAUGCUGCAGCCCAAGUCGUGGAUAUUUGAGGCCUCGGAUGACCAACUGGAUUAUACUGUACUGCCCAUGAAAAAGGAUGUUGACCGGACAGAGGUUGUGUUCUCAUCUUAUCCUGGAUUUUCAACCUCAGAGACAACCAAGGUAUGUGCGCUUCCUCCCAUAUUCGAGAUUCUUCCCGUGAAGUCACUGAAAGCGAGGAACCAGACGCUGGCCCUGCCCUUCCCAGAGCUGAGGUACCUUAGCCUGGCCUACAACAAGAUUGCAAAGGAAGAUGCCAUUCUGCCGGUAGCUCUCUUCCCAUCUCUCUGCAAGCUCAUCUUUCAUAACAACCCUCUGGUGGCCCAUACACGAGGGGUCCCUCCACUGCUAAAAAGCUUCCUCCAGGAGCAGCUGGGAAUCCACUUAAUUCGAAGGAAGAUGGUAAAGGCUAAGCGUCACAUUUUGAUGCCUCGGAAGGACUCUCGGAAGGUGAAAACCCAAGUCCCAAAGGUGCCAAAGCAGCCUCUGAUUCUCCAUCACCCACCCAUGACCACCAUGACCACAAUCAAGUCUUCCUCAAAGGAGAUGCUGGAAGCAGAGGCAGAGUUGACUAAAGAGCUGCCCACCACCAAGACCAUUUCUGUGGAGCGAAAGAUGCCCAUCGAGGGCCCGGAGGGCCUUCUCCUCUCCCACCGGGCCUUCGUGCCACUGCCUCCCAUCUGCUCCGACUCCACUGUGCAUAGUGAGGACACAUCCCGCCGGAGCAACGCUGCUGGCCGCCUCAGCCCAGACCACCCGUCAGAUGAGGACACCAAGAGCACAGAGUCCAUCUUCUUGACCCAGGUCAGUGGGCUGUCUUCCUCCAUCUUCCAGAGGGAUGAUACAGAGAUAAAGGAGAAAGACCAAAGACUACCACCCACAGCACCCAGAGAGGUGAAGAGGACUCAGAAGAAGCUCCCAUCUGCCUCCUUCCCCAGAAAGUACCAUGGCUCCGAGGAGCUGCUGACAACCAAGCCUGAUCCAGCCUUCACUGAGCCGAAAGGAAUCCAGAAGAAUGCACAGGCCUUGCAGCACAUGCUGAAACAUCCGCUCGUGUACCGCUCCUGCAAGGCCAGGCUGGACACUCUUCAGAAACACUAUGUUCCCAAGGAGAAACGGACCCAGAGGAUCCCUAUUCCACCCCCCCGGAAGACUCAAGCCCAGCUGCUGGAUGACAUCCUCAUUCGCAUGCGGGACCCCCGGAACAUUACUGAGGCACCACUAGGAGCUGUCCUGUGCCAGCGGACAGAGCAGCAGCUGGUGAACCAGAAGCAGUACCUGCAGGCCAAAAGGCUGCUGAAGGAGUUUCGUGCGCGGUACCGGCGGCUGGUGCGCUGCUCACUGCGGUCGGCGUUCGGGGCCACGGCACCACCCCAGGUCCGCCUGGCAUUGAGCGAGGGCCAGCCUAAGAAGUUCGGCCACUUCCUCGAGUUCAUGGAUCAGUUCUGCCAGGAGCCCACGGCCAGUGACUCGAAAGGCUAGGGCUGCGCACAGGGCCAUGUGCGCCGCCCCACCUGCGCCCCACACCCUCCGCAAGAGCUCCGUGCCUUUGACUGCUCCCUGGGAUGGGUGCGGGCCUCCGAGCUCUGCUCAGCCUCACUCGCCGGCCGCUGUGAGUGGGGAGCUCGUCAGGACCGCCCCGCCCUGGGCCGGGCAGGAACCGGCACCUGGCCCAACAGCAAUAAAGAGUGGGUGCAUAGAGCAAGGUAGGCCUCAUGCCUUUUUGGAGCCUAGGCCAGGUUGUCGCACUGGGGAAAGAAACCCCAGCUGAUGCGCAUCCCUAGAGUCCUGUGGGAAACCUGCCUGAGUCACACAGAGUGAUAACACUGUGUUAUCCCACAGAGCUGGGAUAAGCAGUAGGACAGAAAACAGGGUCGAUGAAACAGAAACAGCACAGAAUCCAAAGCUCAGAGAAGUUAACUAACUUGCCCACAGCCACUAGUGAGUGAGUGUGUGUGUGUGCGCGUGUGUGCGUUGGGAGCAGGGCGGGUAACAAAACUCAGGCCUCUAGGCCCCCAAAAGCCUCUAGGCUUUCUCUGUUGGGCAGCUUUUUCCACUGUCAGGGCAAAUGUGGGGAGAGGGAAGAGAGAGAGGAUUGGGAAUUUCCUUAUUAGAUGGCCAUGACCACAAAGUUGGGACAAGUUGAAGGGAGGGCUUACAUGGAGUUUCCCAAGGUUUUCUAAUCCAGGACAUAAGCUGAAGUCCCAUAUGCAAAUACAGUGGGAUGUGGCUCUAAAACAGACCCUGGGACUGUGCAAGGUCAACCGGGACUCAGGUCAAGUAAGCUAGUUCUGGCCAAAGCAGCCUAUGGGGUUGCCCCAUUCUUAUGAAUGCAUAGUAGUCAGCACCUGCUAUAGAGGAGGGUCAGGAGAAGGCCACUGGGCUGAAUUGCAGCGAUGUGCAUUUGGGUGUGGGUGCUGGGUGUGACCUAGUCACCUGGGCUGCUUUCCUGGAGGUGCCUGCCUGGGGAGAAGGCCUGCAGUUCCCAGGGUCCAGGAAGCAGUGGCAUAAGGAUUAAGG